AUAAGACAAAAUCUAAAGUUUCUACUGAAGAUGAAAAAGUCUUGACUUAGAAACAGCAGGAGGAAGGAGAAGAAGACGGAAGGAGGUUCAGACCACCAGUUGGUUCUGCAUUAGACGUUGCAACAGAGUGUGACAGCAGGAAGCACAUAUGACACCCUCAACGUCUUUCUGCUUCACUGUGAUACCACAGAGCACAGGGAGGAGAGGCGAGAAGAAGCAAACCAUCGAAGGAGCACAGAAGAUCCUUCAACUGUCAGACACGGAUCCGCUGGAGACUAUUCAUAACCAAAAUACAGAUAAAGGGGAACCAAAGAAGGUGCAGAAGGAGCGGAAAAAGAGAAAAGCAGAAGUUCAAGUUUAAAGAAAUAAGAGGAGAAAAGAACAGAGUGAAGAACGAAGAAGCGUCUACCCGGAGGAGGACGUUGAUGAUAACAAAACUUCUGAGCAGAAUAAGGAGACCAAGGAAUAUAAGGAAGGUGGAGCAACAGGUGGAGGAGAGGACAAAGAGGAGAGGGGACCCCGUGGAGUCGUGAUGGAGGGGGACGUCAGGAAGCAGGGGAUGCUCUUCUUCCAGCAGCAGCGCUUUGGGAAGAAGUGGAAGCGGAUUUGGUGCGUCCUGUAUCGGGAAAGUUCCUGCUCCAUCUCCAGGCUGGAGUUCUUUGAGUGUAAAGAUGGAGGGAACGUGGAGAAGAACGACAAAACUCUGCGCAAACAGCAGGAAAAUAAGAAGGUGAUCCGUCUGGCAGACUGCAUCCGGGUGACGGAGGUGGAGAUGGAUGGAUGUCCCAGAGACACGGGCUCCUUCCUAGUGGAGACCACUGAGAAGAUCUUUGUGUUCGCAGCAGACAGACACCAGCUGGAAGACUGGACCCACAAACUGUGUGAGAUCGCCUUCCCUAUGAGCUGGGCAGAUGGUGGAGCGAAGCGAGCGAGCCUGCAGAGAGGAAACAGGGUGGAUGAAGAUGAAGGGAUGGAGGACAACUCGCUCUACAGCAGCCGAGUAACAGUGCGGGACUUCAAAGUGUCUGUCCGGAGGACGGAUGCGUCUGAUCGGUGCAGACUCAAGGGGGACGGUGUCCUGAGAGCCGACAUGGAUGCUCUGCACCUGCUGGACAAGACUGGGGACAUCCUGUACACCUGGCCAUACAGGUUUCUUCGGCGCUUUGGACGGGACAAGUCCACCUUCUCCUUCGAAGCGGGUCGUAGGUGUGACUCUGGCGAGGGAAGCUUUGAAUUCGACACCAAAAAGGGAAACCUCUUGUUCCAGGCUGUUGAAGCCGCCAUUAACCUGCAGAAGAUCUCCCUCCCCCACAGACAGACCUCCGGGGGGGGUCUGGUGACUCCAGAGAUGGCCCCCAACCAACAGAACCAGAACCUACCACCCCAACCAGUUAAUCCAACACUAGGCCACAGCAGGACGCCACCGCUGCAGAUGCAGCCCCGCGUUCAGGUCCAACAACCCCCUGGUGCUCUGGCUGCUGAUGGUGUGUACAGCAUGGUGAUUGAACCCCAAAGCCUGCAGAAGAUUCACAAGGACACCGAGAACUCCAAUCCUUCACAGCAGCAGCAGCGCCCCCAGCUGUCUCGUUUGGAGCCUCCGGUGGACAAAAUCCUGACAGGAGUGAAGAGUUUGACUCUGGACACCCGCGGACUCCCCAUUCCCAGGAAGAACCAGGUCAAGAUGAUUUCCAGCUGCCCUCUGCCCAACGCAAGCCCAGAGUCAGGCAGCAACCUGGUCCCUGGCUCCAGCUCCAGCUCCAGCUCCAACCCAAAUCCCAACAGCCGCCUCAGCCCCAAGCUGAGCUCCAACCCAAACCUAGAACAGACGUAUUCGCAGAUCACCAUGUUGGACGUUGCUGGACGGGACAUUAAGAAGGAGAAGAAGAGUAGCAGCAACGCUCCGCUCUGCACUCCCCAGAUGAUCAACAGGGAGCCAGACUACUCCCUCCCCUUUGACACCAUUGCCUCAAAUGUCAUGUCUGACAUCUUGCACUCCCAUCAAGGCAACAUUGGUGCAGAUCCACUGUACGACAGUAUUGAUGAGCUAAAGGUGAGGAACAUCUUCCGGAGCGAAGCAAGGACUCGAGGCUCUACGUACGGGAAGGUGGAUCACAUCUAUGAUGAGCCUGAAGGGUGUGCUGCCGCUGCAGGACAGGAAGCCACGGCCCUCCCCUCAGUCUACGAUGACCCUGAAGAGAUGAGAGGAGAUGCCUGGAGGAUCAUGGGUACAUCAGCUGACCCUAAAGGCCAUGAGUACCCCUAUAACCCCCGCGUGGAUGACUACGCUGUGCCCAAACGACCUAAGAGGGCGUUUGUUUCCCAGCAAAGCAUUGCUAAAGAAGAUGAACCUGAACCGAAACAGGAGGAGGAGCCAGAGGUGGAGGAGGAGGAGGAGGAGACAGAGGAGCAACAGUAUUCACCAUACAACAACGUGAUUGUUAAGAUGCCCUGAAGGUUAUUAUUAGGUUAUUAUGUUUUAACCCAUCCAGUCAUUGUCAUGGUAGCAGGUUGGUCACUGUGACAGAAAACUUUGAAGCUGAGUCACUCUCAGUCCAGAAUACAACAUGUUUUAUCUCAGUUCCUCCACCACCUGGAGGAGUCCUCCUCUCUGAGCUCCUGUUGGCUCUAAACCAGACUGCAUCAGUGGACGUUCACUUGUUUUAACACUGUUUAUUAACCAGCUUCCAUCUCUAUGGAGAGACUUUUGUUCCAAAAUUACUGAAGGCAUAAAACAUGUUUCAGGAGUUUCAAGAGUAAUUUACAAUGUGAAUGAAAACGUUUAACCUUCAUUAUUUCACAUUUCAUGUCUCCAAACGUCUGGGGGUGGGACUUCCUCUGAACACAUUUCUAUUGGUCAGCACAAAGUUAAAACCUUUGCUCUCCUAAAAGACUAUUUGAUUAAGAGUACGUUUUUGUUUCAACUGAAGAAUAAUAGAUGAUGAGCAGCUUUAGAGUUAUGCAGUAGAUUCCUUCCUUCCAUUAUUCCUUUAGUUGCUCUGGAUCAUGAGCAGGAAAAGCCCCGUCCUGAGAGAUGUGGAGACGGGGAACGUAGAAAAUCUGUAAAAAACGAGAAAAGAAAAGAAUCAUCAUUAAAAUAAAAUCUGAAAAAACAAAACCACAAAACUCAAGGUUCUGUCAGUGUUGCAUUUGAAAAGCCUUUUUGCCAGCAAUAAUUUUAGAACAAAUUUCCAUACAUCUUAAGGACCUUUAGCCCCACGUGAAGGACCUUUAGCCCCACGUGAAGGACCUUUAGCCCCACGUGAAGGACCUAGCCCCACGUGAAGGACCUUUAGCCCCACGUGAAGGACCUUUAGCCCCACGUGAAGAACCUUUAGCUCCAUGUGAAGGACCUUUAGCCCCACGUGAAGGACCUAGCCCCACGUGAAGGACCUUUAGCCCCACGUGAAGGACCUUUAGCCCCACGUGAAGAACCUUUAGCUCCAUGUGAAGGACCUUUAGCCCCACGUGAAGGACCUAGCCCCACGUGAAGGACCUGUAGCCCCACGUGAAGGACCUGUAGCCCCACGUGAAGGACCUUUAGCCCCACGUGAAGGACCUUUAGCCCCACGUGAAGGACCUUUAGCCCCACGUGAAGGACCUUUAGCCCCACAUGAAGGACCUUUAUCCCCACAUGAAGGACCUUUAGCUCCACAUGAAUCACCUUUAGCUUUUCAUGAAGGACCUUUAGCUCCACGUGAAGGACCUUUAGCUCCACAUGAAUCACCUUUAGGCCCAAGUGAAGGACCUUUAGCUCCACGUGAAGGACCUUUAGCUCUAUGUGAAAGACCUUUAGCUCCACAUGAAGGACCUUAGUGGGAGAAGAGAGUUUCCUAAUUUAAAAAUGAUGAAGAGACACCUGGUUUCCUCUCAAAGCUGACGCGGGGGACCUUUUAUUCAGAACACAUCUCUGAAUACAUCUUCCCAAAGAAUCCCAAAAUCCCUUUCAUGAGUCAAGAUAUAUAUACAACAAUCAUAUCAUUGUUGUGUAUGUGAGACUUUUUGACCAAUCAGAUGUACCCUUUCACUUACGCACAUUUUGGCACUCACAACAUUGAUUCUGAAGCACAGUUCCAGGAAUGCAGAACCAGCAAACAUCUGUAGGUCAAACUGGUCUACGUGACAGUUUGUACCAUAACAAUCUCAUCACUCCGGUCAGCUCCCCAUUCCUGAGCUAAACUGGACUGCUAAACUAAUGUCAAAGCGACCUGGCAGGAUUCAGGAUAACUCUCCAUCCAGCCUACAAGUUUGCUUCUACAAAACAAGUCCAUCAGCCGUUCCUCACGCCAAGACUGUUUCCUUAUCUAUCUUGUUCCCAGACAGGCCUUGCAUGCUGCUCAGAGUGACUUUUCCAUUAUGCCUAGAACAAUCUACACAGAAUUCAUUUUACAUAUUGUAAAAACAAUAGUAACACUUUUUAAUCCACCAAACGAAGCUUUACACUUCCACAUCUUUAGCUCCACGUGAAGUACUUUUAGCCCUGAGUGAAGGACCUUUAGCCCUGAUUGAAGGACCUUUAGCCCCAACUGAAGGACCUUUAGCUCCACGUGAAAAACCUUUAGCUUGGAAAGCAUGUGAAAUAAUUUAGUUUUAAAGGAGGCCAAGAUGUAAACAUUGGUGUUGGGCGACCCCUCCAACACCUACAGCUUUCUCUUCACUGAGACACUGAGACAAUAGUAACACUUAGAUCCUUCCGUCCUAAAAUACCCACCCGUCCUAAAAGGCGGGAGUAAUCGUGUGGAGGCCUCAGAGAAAUCUCAUUCUCGGCCGACUUAAGACAUGAGCCUUGUCACUUAUGUACUUUAAAUGGUCCUCUCACUCAGUUAAAUAAUGUUUCUUUUUUUAUAUUAGAUGCUGUUUUUUAAAUGAGAGAUGCAUGUUUGAGAUGAUGCAUCCCAGUUUAUUCAAUGGAGAAGAAGAUCUGUAGUUUUCAACUAUUUUCCACUAAACUGUCACUGUGGGGCUGCUGAAGUAAAUCAGGAGGAUAGAGAAUGGAGGCCAAAGCCAGUCUACCUCUAUCUCACUCCACGUCUGUCUGUCUCCUCUCUCUCUGGUUCUUUAGGCAUGUUUAGUUUGUUUUUGUCUUUUUUCAGCUUUUAGUGGUCAAUUCUUCCUUGUUGCUUUGCAGUUCAUGCCAUUUUUAUUUUAACAUAUAUUAGCAUUGACUUCAGUUUCUUUAGGUUAUAUUUUCCUCAGUUUGCUCCAGUAUCAUCUAGCUCAGCUGGUCGUCUUUUUAGGUUUUGUCAGUUCUAGCAUUUCAAUAACUGUUUCAACAAGUUAUUUUGAGGUAACUUCACCUAGUUAAGAUAUUUUCCACCGAUAGUCCUCCUUUUUAAACAGAUCAGAUGACAAUUUUCCUUUGCUAAUGUUUCUGCUAUUUUGUUAAUUUAUCAGAUUUCAGCUGAUAUUCUAUAGUAAACUUCAUCUUGUUUCUGUAAGCUUUCAGCUGGAGAAAUCAACUUACAGCAUUCAAAGUUUUCUUGUUUAUUUACAUUCUGUGUCGUUGGAUAUUUUAAUAAUAUUGUAUCAUCAUGAUAUUAACUUAAUUUAACCACUGCUUCUCUACUAAUAUUCAAAUUAUAUAAUACUUCUUCUCUCCUGCCUGUAUUGUCAGUUUUCCCUCAGUUAAAAAGCUGACAUCCAGUACCAGAGAUCACAGCUCUGUAAGGGUUUGUUCCUCCACACAUUUUCUUAUCUAAAAGAUCAGUUUUAACUUUUAUGCCAAGUGUUUAGCCUUUAUUCGUCUUUAUUCGGGGUGCGAAUACUUAAUGGAGUCUGCAAUUUUGUGCUUUGUUCAAGGAAUGUGAUGUUUGGCGUUGUCUCUCCAACGCCUGGACCUUCUCAAAAAGAAGAUAAACAUUUCCAAAGGAGGCAGUUUAUUCCUUCCUCCCAUUACAUAGCGUCAUAGUCUGAGAGAGCCACGUCUAACACCGCUGCAGUUUUUCACUAACAAAGAUUAAGUUAAUUUAUACUUUAUACUAAUUUAUACUUGUCUAUACACACAGUCAAGACGUUCCCCAUAUAGCAGUUGAAAGACAUCCAGAUUACAUUGUACUUUCUCUAUUUGCGAAAGAGAUGUCAAAACUACAUUUUGCCGUAAAGGGAAGAUUGCUUUUUUCCUAAUAACUUCCCGUCAAUAACAAACAUUUAUUAAAAUUCAUUGUUGAAAGAAAACAAACCUAUUUUAUUAUGUACAUAUAGACCACCAUUGUGCAUCCCAAACAAUAAUUUAUCUGUGAAAGACUUUCUUGCGAAGACUUAGAAUUCAGAAUCCUUUACUGUAAAAACUUUUCAGUCCUGCAGGAAAUUUAUUCAAGUUCCAGUUUUAGGUUCUUUUAAACACUUCCGUCGCCUUCCUGUUCUAAUUUUCUGCUGAUUUGAGUUUUUGACAUUUGAAGUACAUUCAAUGCAAUUAAAUCCACUAUUAAUGUUUAUUUCGUAGGAGUCUCACCUCUGAAUAUUGUUUCAUGUGCUCCUGGUGAUGCUUUAUUUCUUAACACCUUUCCUAAGUCAAAACCUUGUUCUUUAUGUGUUUUUAUCUCUGUCUCUGCUCUGGGAUCUAAUCCAAAAAUCAUUUACUGACCCUACUGGCCUUCUGAAGAAUGUUUCCUGGAAAUGUCUGCUAAAGUUUAGAGUUGAAUUAAAAUCAUAUAACACUUACAUUAAGCGUCAGUUCAACAUUGACAUUCUCAGCUAAUAUGUUAGAGGGAAAAUGUCCCACAGAGUUUUCUUGGGAUCUAAAUUAACACAUUAAGAAUCAUAUCUGUCAUUAAUCUACUAUUACUGUUGUCAUAUUAAUUUCACAGGAACUUUAUUUGUUGUACUUUUGUCUUCUUAGCCCUAAACUCCUUAACAUGUAGUGUAUAAAGUCUAGUCUCCUAAAUUGUAUUACUAAUUUAAAAUGUAUUCAUGCAAGAGGAUCAGGAUCAAGUUAUUGUCUCUUAUCAGUCGUUUUGUUAUAAUUGUGGCUCAUGGUUCUUCUUCCAGAUUUCUAGAAAUAUUGUUCUGUUGUCAUAAUGAAGAAAAUAAGGUUGUUUCCUAUGUAACAGUAUUAAAGAGGUCUAAUUCCUUGA